AUGGGCAGUGAGAUGAUUGAAAUAAAGAAUCAAGCGUCGGCUAUUGAACAGGAGAUUAGAUCUAGCGAGACCAGAUCUAUGGAAUCAACUCCAUCACCCGAAGAAGAAGAAGCCUCACAAUCUCCAAUACUUCAAGAGCAAAACAAGGAAAUUAUCUCAAUCUCUUCAACUCCUGAUCCAAUCACUGAACCCGUACCUCGUCGGUCGAGGCGUGCCAAUAUCGGCAUACCGCGAGAGAGGUAUCAUGACCCUGAUCAAAAACACCACUCUGUCGAAUACGAGAAACGGGAUAGAGAUAGUCAGAGAGCUACGCAAAGAUCGAGAUCAAGAUUACCUAGGGAUCCAUCGGAAGCUGAAGGAUCCGCAAACGCCACAGUAGACAUUACUAUGCCUAUUAUGUUCAAUGAUAAACCGCUGUACGCAAGGGAUAUUAACAUUCCCACAACGUAUAAGCAGGCAGAGAAGUCACCUUUCUGGAUAUAUUGGAAAGAAGCUAUGGAGAAACAGCUUGAGGACCUCGCCGCUAAGCGAACAUGGACCCUAAUCCCGAAACCUCCACGAUCAAAAGUCCUUCCGGGACAAUGGAGAUUCACACUAAAGACAAACACAAAGGAUCAAGUGUAUGGGUUUAAAGCCCGCUGGGUGGUCUGUGGAAACUUCCAGGAUAAAGAUGGAGCGGAGUCUUACGCUCCAGUUGUUUCCGAAUAUAUGAUUAAGGUCGUAUUGACGCUUAUUGCGAUAUAUGACCUUAGAUAG